AUGGACAAUGCAAUGGUUGAUUUGGUUUGGGCACAACUGGCAGAGCUGAUCCUAAUGCUCCUAUGGCCUGGAUGUGUUCAACUCGUGCACGAUGAAAUUCAAAAUGGUCCUGGUGCCCGACAGCCUUUGCACCGAGUGCAAACCAUGUGGGAUACCCCACCUCCAUCAGCAGGCAACCAAGGGGUUGGGGAUUGCACACAAGGUAGAUGGUUGGAAUGUCACGUGAGGACUGACAAUGAUGAAACGUCUCACGAGGAAUCAUUUCAGCUUUUGCUGGAGGAACUUGCCAAGGCAGAAUCCACGUAUAUCUUUGUACGAAAGAAGGACGAGGAAUACAUUGACGAGGCCUUUGAUGCCGAUGAUUUGGAUCUGGAGGAUCGCGUUGGUUGUGAUUCCGAAGAUUCGGAUUUCGAAGACCAGGACGAAAACAGCGACUCUGGCGAUGACAAUGACGAUGAUAUGGCAAUUUUUACUUGGAAGAGGUGA